UAGGUGUAGGUUUGUCAAUUUAUUUUAUUUUGUUUUGUAGUAAAUAAAACGAUUUAUAAACAUGAUGGAUGAAAAUAUUACUUUGAGUGAUAAUUCAGAUAUAGAAGACAACAGUAAUCCAGAGCUUCGUGGUUAUUUGAGUAAAUGGACUAAUUACAUACACGGUUGGCAGGAUAGAUUUAUUGUUUUGAAGGAUUCCACUUUAUCCUAUUACAAAAGCGAGUUGGAGAGUAAUCUUGGAUGCCGUGGUGCGUUGUGUUUGAAAAAAGCUAAAGUCAAGCCUCAUGAGUUUGACGACUGCAGAUUUGAUGUAUCAGUAAACGAUUGUGUUUGGUACUUGAGAGCUUUAAAUCCAGAGGAGAAGCAGCAGUGGAUUGAUGUGUUGGAAUCAUUUAAAGUUGUGGAAUCGGGGUAUGGAACUAGCUCAGACAGCAGCUCCAACGGUGGUGGUCUACGCAGACAUGGCUCCAUCACAUCAUUGCAAUCAACAGGGUCACAUGGUCGGACAUCACGUCGACUGGCAGAGAAGAUUGCUGAACUGGACACGUACACAGAGUUGCUAUCGAAGCAAGCCACUCAGUUGCAGACUUACUUCGACAAGUGUGUCUCGUCGUGCCCGCAGAUAAAUGACGACGCGGCAGAUGCUAUAGAUGCUGUGAAAUUAGCCGACAGCGUCGAUCUAAAACAGUACGCAGAAGAGGUGCGUGCGACUAGCGCGUCGUUUCGCGCGACUUGCGGCGCGACAGUUCUUGCCGUACAAAACUGCACCGAUCUUCUGAAGCGGAGGGAGAAACAGGCCAGACAAGCUGAGGAACUUUACAUGGCCCUCAAGAAUCAGCUAGCAGAAGCAAGAUUGGCAUCCAAGCCGGGACCUGAUCACGAGGAAGGGCCGCAUUCAACGUUGCCGGACGACGAGUUCUACGAUGCGGUGGAGACAGGCUUCGACAAGAUGGAAGAGGAGCGGUGCGCAAGAGUUGCGCCCCCAGUUGAGGUCACACGGGACGAGGUGGAGCUCCCACCGCCGGCUAUCGACAACCGGCUCACCGUACACGCGUUAUGGCCAGAGAUUGACAGGAUAUCAACAGAGCAGUUACAAGCUGCAUUUGAGGGAGUGGGAGGUCAGACUGGUUGGCAGUUAUUCGCUGAAGAGGGCGAUAUGAGGAUGUACAGGAGGGAAGUGGAAGUUGAUGGAAUGGUAAUGGAUCCCCUGAAGGCAAUGCACAAAGUUCGCGGCGUUUCAGCGCGCGAGAUGUGCCAUUAUUUCUUCAACCCGCAAUACAGAUACGAAUGGGAAACGACGUUGGAGACGAUGAACAUUGUGGAGGCUAUAUCGUCGGACACGAUCGUGUUCCACCAGACGUUCAAGCGUAUAUGGCCGGCGUCGCAGCGGGACGCGCUGUUCUGGUCGCACGUACGCGCGGCGCCGCAACAAACGUACGCCGUUACCAACCAUUCGACCACCAAUGCAGAAUAUCCCUCGAAUACAGGCGCCUGCAUCCGUCUGUUCGUGACGGUGUGUCUCGCGUGUCGCACCGCAUGGCCCUCCGGGGAACAGCCCACUAGAGACAACAUCUCCACCAGUAUUGCGUAUUGUAGCACAGUGAAUCCGGGAGGCUGGGCCCCCGCUGGAGUUCUUCGUGCAGUUUACAAAAGGGAGUACCCGAAGUUCCUCAAAAGAUUCACCAACUACGUGGUCGAGCAGUGCCGCGGCAAGCCACUAGUUAUGUAGCAACUACCUGAGCAUCACAAAUAAUGCCUUAAAUAUUUUUUCUACUUUUAACAUUCAACUUGUUUUUUGAUAAGGGUUUUUUUUUUAUUAACGGUAUUUGUUAUAUUGAAAAGUAGCGGUACUCGAUACAGUUAUCACAUCACAUUAUCGAUACUCGAUACCGUUAUGAUUUCAAAAGUAUCGAUUGUUUGUUGACACUCCAUCUUCAUAUAAUUGUUUUAGCUACGGAAGCACUCAGAAAAACCCGCUUUUAAGCCCGGCUCGAAGAACACGAAGUUACGAUUGAGUAUAAUAUAAUGGUUGUCGAUAUCGUAACGAGUACUGGGAAUCGAUAUAUUCUGUGGAUAGAAAUGUCAAAUGGUCGUAUCGUUGUCUAUGGCUAGACAACGUUAAAAACUACUAUAUUUUAUAACUAUACCUUCUUUUAUCUAAUUCCUCCAAUGAUCGCAUAUAAUUUUUACUUGUUUGUUAUUUUAUUACGAUUUAAAAGCGAAACAAAUAAAAUAUAAACAUUGAAGUUCGUUUAAAGAUCGUGAUAGUCGUGUCAAAGUUCGGUUUAAUUUUUUCAAAGCUGGCGUACUUUAAGGUGGAACGCUACGUAACUGUUAUGACCGAAAUAAAGAAAAAUUUAUUAAUGAAAAUUAUGUUUCGUGUUAAUAAAACUCUGUCAAAGAGGGACAGGAAGCUUGCUACCAUCGCUUAAAACAGUAUUAUUUUUAACUAUUAUUUAGUUAAUAUGGCAUACGCCCUUGAUGAAUUGGUUUCCAGAUUUUCAAAACAACCCUGGCGAAAGAUCGUAUGGUUGGUGAGCGAAAGCCAUUAGGUUCUUAUCGGUAGAGGCUUUUGACAGUUAGGUGGUUGAAAGAUAGCUAGGAAUAUUACUCCGCCGUCAGCAUAACCCACGCAGUUAAAGAAUAGAUUAAUAUAAUGAUGAUUUAUUUAGCAAUAUAGACAUACGAAUAUUGUGCGUAAGAGAUAGCACUAUAACAAUGGCUAUUCUUAUGACCUUGAUCGAAACGUCCAAGGUCACCUCUGUCACUAUACUUAGUGAACCGCCUGAAUGUACGUCAGCCAUUGUUUAAUAUCUUGUCGAGUUUACAUUUUCUUGUCCAGCUAACCAAUAUAGCUUGAACUGGAGUAAUGUGUAGUUUGAUUGCAGUAGUAUAAUUAACCCCGGAUCUACGCUUUUUAACUAAACUCAAUAGCACCCCUUUCCCUUAAUCAUUCGAGAUCAAUUAUUAAAAAAAAAUUACAAAAGUGAAACAGUAGAAAUGGUAUAAGUUGCAAUUAUAUGGCAACUUUUUCUAUAGCAACCGGAAUUCCCCUGUCAUCCUAAAUUCGAAAAUCAAACGAAAAAUCAAUAGUUGGAUAUAACUUCCUUGUAAAAGAGUUCCAAGUGAAACCAGACACACUUCCGCAAAAAAAAAAACAAAGUAUUGAAAUGUAAAUUUGGCGCCCGGAAGGUUCUAUCCACACUCAUUUUUGAUCCGGGGUUCUAACUACUGAAUUCAGUGAACAAAUAAGUUAAAUCACUGGAUUGGAAUUAAGUAUAACAAAGAGGCAAACGGUAAAUGAAAUGUACGCCUGAAUUCUGGUGCAUAAGUGUACUUGAUAAAAGAAAACUGAAAAUCGUGACCUGUAAUUAACUUGUCAUAUAAACUGUAGAAUGUAUGAUAUAUAUUUAUGUAAUUAGUGUAAAUGAUUUCUUCCUGUACAGAAAUCCAUUAUUUACACACCUAUAAUAUAAGGUCUGAAUGUAUGAUAAAAAUAUAAUUGUUAUAUUAUCUGUACCUACGUUUAUUUAUUUAUAACAGUAUAAGGUCAUUUGGAAAGGGGUUUUUAGGGCACCAUCUAUAACAGUAUCUGUAUUAAGAUAAGCAAUUAUAAUUUCAAGUAACAUAAUGUAUUUCAGUUAUUAUAUAAAAGUAACGUUAAAUAAAACGCCUAUCUUAGCAAAUUUACAUUACAGGUGACUUAACGUAAACACAGCAGGUGUUAAGGUUUUCACCUCGUAAUUUGAUAAAAGUUAUGAAAACUGUCACACCCCUUCUCCCCUCAUUCCCCUUUCCCGUUACCCCUGCUUACCCCCUGGAGUCCUUCGUGUCGGGAAUAUAUUCGGCGUAAGAUAAGAAUAUUAGUGUUGCUAUGAGUUUUGAAACUCCCUACGCGCCAGCGUAUGUGUGAAAUAUGUAUAAUAUGUCGAAUUGAACAGUGCUUCUGCGGUUAUAUUUCAUUACAAUUUAUCAUAAAAAAAUAAAUAAUCAUCGAUUUAUAAUCACUUUAGUACGUGUCGAUUUAUUAUUUCAGCAUGAUAAUAAUUUUAAUAAAAUAAUUAAGACAUUUGUAUGUUCCGGCUUUCGCCGGUAUUUUUCCAGGAUCAGUAAAAAAUUUAAAUUACAAGUUUAAAAAAUAUAACCAUAGUUUUAUCAAUUCCGAAUAAUAUACAUAUAUGAGAAACUAUUUCGACUGAACGUUUAAAAACUAAUAGCGACCCUAUCUUUUAAUAUGCUGCGAUGUUUUUGUAUAAUUCAUACGAUACUCCACUUCCAUUAAUGUCGCAAAUUCUGUAAUCUUAUAAUUAGUUUGCCAAGAGCGCUUGUUGUAUAAGGAUGUAUGAACAACUUUAAGGCGAUGCAAAUAAAUUAUAUUUUGGUCAGAUGUUACCGAGUAUUGAAAGUCUAAAUAAGGGCGUACAAAUCUCGUACUAAGGUUACUUAUUCUAAGGAUAGGUCCGAGGUUGUAACGGAAUCAAAGUUCGUCAUGCUGAAAUAUUUCAACACACACUUCAACUUUGAAAAGGAUUUAUAUAAAUCUAGCAUUUAUAAUAAUGUCUCAAAUAUGGAAGCCAUUUUAUUGUGAAGCGACGUCAUCGAUUCCAUGGUGCCCAAUGUGAAAUUUUCUACUUACGUUUACUUUAAGAUCACGUGAAAGUUAACGUUCGAAUAAGUAAACGUAGGUAGAAAAUCUUAGGCCUGCAAACAGUUAAUACCAACGUGUUAUAUACGCGAGUCAUAAAUGUGUGUACUGUAGAGAAUACAAGUAACAAGGCUAAUUGUUAUAAAUAAAUAUUUAUGUAUUAAAGAUUAAAUCGUGGCCUGUACAGAAGAUAUAGUUUAUGUAACAUAAUGUAUAAAAGGAGAGACAUCGUAAUGGUUGAAUUUUAAAGUUUUUGAUGUUGUACCUUUUAUUGUCCAAUUAAAAUUGUUUACAAAAUUCUUGGGAGUAUUAUAUAAUAUAAAGUAACC